GAAUUGUACUCGAUCGGUUGCCAGGCAUUCGAGACCCGACCUUAAUCAAUUGAUUCAACUCGUCUCCACCCUCCCAGCGUUCUGGGAUCUUUUUUGCCCUCGCUCGAUCAGCGUCGUCCUCUGUUCGAUGCAACGCACUCCCCCACCGCAGCGCACCGUCACCGAUCCUCUCAAUGAGAUCGAUCCUGCCAACAUCAUUGACCCCAACCAGCGCUCGUCGCGUCUGCCAUUGACAUCCACUCACCCUCAACAUGCUUCGCUCACCCAUCUGCUCUUAGGUAACAUCGGUGAAGAGCCGCGCGGCUCGAGACGCGAUCAGAUGCGCUCCCCUACUCCCCCAACAACACCUGGUCUAUCUGGUGGCCGACCAAUUCGCUCUCCGACUAGCCCUGGCGGCAUUGUGUCGUGCUCUCCAUCUUCCGCUGGCGGUCGCUCCGAAUCUUCGUGGGAGGGCUUCGCUGACUCCCCAGAAGAGCACCCACAGCGGCGCGAGAGGUCUGGAUCUCCAAUGAAUAUUGAUCCUCCACAUACCCCGACACCCUCUCGCCAGCCUGGUCCCCCAAAUAACCCAAGGGGAGUCCCCAAGAAGCGCACCACCGCACGGCUGGACCUGCUACAAAGCCCGCCCGCGGACCUUAAGCCACUGAAAGACCUUUUAGAGAUGCUACGCAGCAAGAACAAGAUUGUUGUUAUUGCGGGCGCCGGCAUCUCUACCUCAGCUAGAAUUCCCAACUUUCGUUCUCGCUCUGGCCUCUUUCAGAAUCUCGGCAAGGACCACAAGGGGAUCUCUGCUGGAAAAGACCUCUUUGACGCGUCCGUGUACCAGACUGAAGAGUCCGUAUCAUUAUUCCACGACACGGUGCGAUAUCUGUCAGAACUAACAAGGAAGGCGAGACCCACCAAUUUCCACCUCCUACUAGCGAAGCUUGCUAAAGAAGGCCGAUUGCUACGUCUGUACACCCAAAAUAUCGAUGGCAUUGACGUCGCGCUGGAAGGUCUAAACACCCAGGUUCCUCUCCCUGAGAAAGACCCUUGGCCAAAGACUAUCCAGCUGCACGGAGGCUUUGACAAGAUGGUAUGCUCAAAAUGUCAUGGAAUAUCACCUCUUCAAGCCGAGAAAUUCAUCGGUCCAGAGCCUCCUGCAUGCCCAACCUGUCUAGAGAAUGACAGGGGUAGGAAGGAAGCCGGAAAGCGAAGCCAUGGCAUUGGCACGCUUCGUCCACGUAUGGUCUUGUACAACCAGCACAAUCCAGACGGCGAAGCUAUUGGGUCGUGCGUCAGUGCUGGUCUGCGCAGGCGGCCUGACGCUGUCAUCGUUGUCGGUACGGCCCUGUCGGUUCCUGCCGUUCGACGCACCACUCAAGAUAUGUGUGCUACAGUUCGCGACCGCCGUAAUGGCAUGAAUAUCUGGAUUAAUAUAGACUCUGAGCCGAGGCAACAGCUUGCGAAUCUCUUGGAUUUUGUAGUGAAGGGUCCUUGCGACAAGGUGGCCCAAUUGGCGCUUCAGACUUGGGAUUGAGUCUCCCGAACUACUAUUCCCUCGAACUUUUCUCGCAAGGAAGCACGGGCGUUUUAGGACGGCGCUAAGGAGACACUAAUACAGAGAGAGUUAGUCU